AUGGCUAAAAAGAAAACAGACCCCCAAGCUGAAAGCAACUCCAGCAAAUCCCAAGACACGGCCCAUGAUAACGAAAUGGAUGAACCUGCACCAGUGAAGAUUAAGAAACUUAAAUCUCUCAAUGCAUUGUUGCUUAAAGAGACCGUUGAGCGGCGUCAACAGGUCGAUUCAUUAACCAAGUCGAACGCUCAUCUGAAAUCCGAGUUGAGUCGGUCUGAAAUGGAUAAAAGCCUGUUGCAGUCGGAGAUUAAUGGGGUGACUGAACAAGCGGUGAUGUUGGAGAUUGAGAAGGGAUUAGUUUCCGUUUUUGUGACUCAGCAGGUGAAUCAACUGGCGGAGGAAAAAAUCGAGAGUUUGAUGGAGAAAGUCGGGAGCUUGGAGGGUGAGAUGAAAAGAGCUUCGGAGGAAAAGAGUGAAAUGGAGAAAUCGAAGAGUGAGAAAGAAUCCGAGAUUAUGGAUUUGAACAGAAGAGUCGAUGAACUUAUGGCUAAGGUUGAUGAAGAGAGACGUGUUUCAUCUCGUGCUUGUGAUGAGAGGGAUGAAGUUAGGGCCAUGUUAGGUGCUAAAAUUCAGGAGGUGGAUGAGUUGCAGAUGAAGGUAAGGGAAGCAGAAAAAACAGAAGCCCAUAAUUCGGAAGAAAUUUUGGAAUUACAGGCUAAUUUUGACAGAUUAGUCCGCGAAAAUAAAGUCAAUAAUCAACGGGUUGAUUCAAUAACGAGUGAAAAGAACUUGAUUCAGGAGAGUUUUGUUGAAGCGAAUGAACAGAUUGAUGUUUUGAAGAAAACUGUUGAUACCCUACUGCAACAGAUAAAGGCGAUUGAAGAUGAUAAGAACACCCAGGAGAGAAAGAAUGAAGAGCUGCAAAAUUUAUUGGGUGAACUCAAGGAUUACAUAGAGGACAUGAAAAUUGACGAGCAAGAAUUGCAAGAGAAAAUCACCGAUCUGGAGAACAAGUAUGCUGUAAGUUCAGAAAACGAGGUAGCACUGAAAAACGAAAUCGAUGGGUUUGUUGAAGAAAAGAAACAAACAGAUGAAAAAAUCAAAAGUUUGGAGAUUGAGAAAAGUUCGGUUCUGAAAGAUUUGCAGGAUGCCUUGAAAGAAUUAGAGCUCCAGAAACUCAAAAUUGAUCAGAUACUUCAAGAAAAAACUGAAUUAGAAGAUGCCAAGAUUCAAGGAGAGAGUGAAAUCGUCAAGAUGAAAGAACAAUUGACAACAUUUCAAGACACGAUUUCAUCACUUGAAAGCUCUGCAAUCAAUCAAAAUGAGAAACUCAAGCAAUUAGAGGAAGAAGUUGGCCACUACAAAGUAUCUUUGGAUCAAGCCACAAUUGAAAGAGAUGAAGCCCUCAAGACCCUUCAAGAACAAGAAGCCAUUAAAACCGAUUUCCAACACAAGAUUACAGAAAUGGAAAAAGAAAUCGAAGAUUUACAUGAACUGGAGAACAAAUAUGCCACAAGUUCAGGAAACGAGGUGAUAUUGCAAAAGCAAAUCAAUGAUUUGGAUGAAGAAAAGAAAGAAAAAGAUGAACAAAUCAAAAGUUUGGAGAACGAGAAAAGUUCGGUUCUGAAAGAGUUGCAGGAUGCCAUGAAAGAGUUGGAGCACAAGAAGCAUACAAUCGAGCAGAUAGUUCAAGAAAAAGCAGAAUUAGAAGAUGCCAAGAUUCAAGGGGAAAAUGAAAUUGUCAAGAUGAAAGAACAAUUGAUUGUACUUCAAGACACAAUUUCAACACUUGAAAGUUCUACAAUCAAUCAAACUGAGAAACUUAAGCAGUUAGAGGAAGAAGUUAGCCACUUCAAAGCUUCAUUGGAUCAAGCCACAAUUGAAAGAGAUGAAGCCCUCAAGACUCUUGAAGAACAAGAAGCCAUGAAAACCGAUUUGCAAUACAAGAUCACAGAAAUGGAAAAAGAAAUCGAAGAUUUACAUGAUGUGGAGAGCAAAUACGCCACAAGUUCAGGAAAUGAGGUAAUAAUGCAAAAGCAGAUUGAUGGGUUGAUUGAAGAGAAGAAAGAAAUAUAUGAACGUAUUGAAAGUUUGGAAAAUGAGAAGAGUUCAGUUCAGAAAGAGUUGCAGGAUGCCAUGAAAGAGAUAGAGCACCAGAAGCAUGCAAUCGAGCUGAUAGUUCAAGAAAAAACCGAAUUAGAAGAUGCCAAAAUUCAAGGAGAAACUGAAAUUGUCAAGAUGAAAGAACUAUUGAGCGCAUUUCAAGACACGAUUUCAUCACAUGAAACCUCCAAAAUCAAUCAAAACCAGAAACUUCAACAAUUAGAGGAGGAAAUUACCCACUACAAAGCUUCAUUGGAUCAAGCUAUAAUCGAAAAAGAUGAACUUAUCAAAAGUUUGGAGAACGAGAAAAGUUUGGUUCUGAAGGAUUUACAGGAUGCCAUGAAGGAAAUAGAGCAGCAGAAGCAUACAAUUGAGAAGACAGUUCAAGAGAAAACAGAAUUAGAAGAUGCCAAGAUUCAAGGGGAGAGUGAAAUCGCUAAAAUGAAAGAACAAUUGAUCGCAUUUCAAGACACAAUUUCAUCACUCGAAAGCUCUACAAUCAAUCAAAAACAGAAACUUGAACAAUUAGAGGAACAAGUUAGCCACUACAAAGCCUCAUUGGAUCAAGCCACAAUCGAAAGAGAGGAAGUUAUCAAAAGUUUGGAUAACGAUAAAAGUUCAGUUCUAAAAGAUUUACAGGAUGCCAUGAAGGAAGUAGAGCAGCAGAAGCAAACAAUCGAGCAAAUAGUUAAAGAAAAAAGUGAAUUAGAAGAUGCCAAGAUUCAAGGGGAGUGUGAAAUUGCUAAGAUGAAAGAACAAUUGAUCACAUUUCAAGACACAAUUUCAUCACUCGAGAGCUCUACAAUCAAUCAAAACCAGAAACUUCAACAAUUAGAGGAAGAAGUUAGCCACUACAAAGCUUCAUUGGAUCAAGCCACAAUCGAAAGAGAGGAAGUUAUCAAAAGUUUGGAUAACGAUAAAAGUUCAGUUCUAAAGGAUUUGCAGGAUGCCAUGAAAGAAGUAGAGCUCCAGAAGCUUACAAUCGAGCAGAUAGUUCAAGAGAAAUCUGAAUUACAAGAUGCCAAGUUUCAAGCGGAAAAUGAAAUCGUCGACAUGAAAGAACAAUUGAUCGCAUUUCAAGAGACAAUUUCAUCACUCGAAAGCUCCACAUUCAAUCAAAACAAGAAACUUAAGCAGUUAGAGGAAGAAGUUAGCCGCUACAAAGCUUCAUUCGAUCAAUCCACAAUCGAAAGAGACAAUGCCCUCAAGACUCUUCAUGAACAAGAAGCCACUAAAACCGAUUUUCAACGCACGAUUUCAAAACUGGAAAAGAAAAUCAAAGAUUUACAUGAAGAUUUAUCAAGAGCGACAGAAGAAUAUUCGAAAAAUCUUGCAGAAAAGAACGAGUUGGAACAUCGUUGUGCUGAGUUGACGAAAGACAUGGCUGUUUUAGAAGCAAAACUUGAAGAAGCCCGUGUUGAAUUUAAUGAAACAAAGACUAAAAUUGGAUUAGCAGAAGCUAAUUCGAAUCGGGUCUUGAAUAUCUUGAAGAAAACAUUAUCGGGUAGUAAUGAAACCACUCGUGAUUUUGACCUAGGAAAUGGAAAUGGGUAUGAAGAAGAGAUAAAAGAUCCUGCUACAGAGCUUGAAGAAAUCAAGAGGGUUUUCAAGGAGAAAGAGAGCAGAGUUGAAGAAAUGAAGAGGAAACUUGAAAUGGUUGAAAAUUCUGCUGCUGAAGUUCGUAAGGAGAAGAGCUUCUGGGCAAUGGUGUCAUCUGCAAGUACACUUGUAGCAGCUGCUGCUGUUUCUGUGGCGUAUGUUUCUAGAACCAACUGA